AUGAACAAGUUGAAAGAUGAAGCAGAGCUAUACUGUAAAAUGGUCAUGGAGACUAUCAUGAAAGUCAUCACCACUCUCAGUGACUCUGAUAUUGACAAACAUUUGGAGGUCUGUCUGGUCAAUGGCAUCACAUGCUCCUUCCAGGAGCAGACUACAGAAGGCCAAGUCAUGCUGGAUGGGUUCAGCACUGUUGUUGAUGCUCUGGCAUUGAACAACAAAAGCACCAAACAAUGUGACAAGGACCAGCUUUUGAGCAAGCUUGGACUUGUCUUGUUCAAACAACUUGGAGAGGAGUACCUUGGCAUGCUCAGUAGUAUCAUUGCCGCUGAGGGUGCUAUUGCAAAUGCAGUCAUUCCUCAAAUGACCCCCAUUCUUUGUAGCCAUCAUGAGAAGGCCCAAGAGGCAUCUAUGAACUUGAUUGGUCAUAUCAUGGAUUGUGGUGCCAAGUUCAUUCCAGCCCAAGAAUGGAUGGGUAUCUGCUUCAAGUCAUUGGAUCUCUUGAAAGCCCACAAGAAAGCUGUUUGUCACGCUGCUGUGGACUCAUUCAGAUACAUCACAAAGAGCUUGGGUCCUCAAGUUGUGCUGCUCUUGCUUCCAGUUCCCCUGUGUGCAGUAUGGUUGUGA